AGAGAUGACGCCUGAAAAUAGAACAGACCUGUUGACAGAUGGCCUUAUUUACUUCGGUCAGAAAAUCAGAGAUAAACUAGGUUACAAAUUGGUUAUGAAAUUCAAAAGAUCAAAGAAAAUUGAGGAAAACAGUGAUGUGGCCAUGAAGGAGAUUGUAUCAACUGUUCAUGACAAGGUUAUUGGAAAUGAUAAGAUUAUCCAAUGGAUUGAAGAGGAAAAGUCUUCAGUGCUACACACUCAAAACAAUGAUGCAACAAUUAAACUGAACAAGACAGAUGAAUAUAUUCUCAGUCUUCAAAGAUAUUACAGAAUUGGAUAUGAACAACUAGAUGACAAGUUCAAGGAAGAAAAAGAGAGACUAGAGAAAACCUUAUCAACAUUUGAAAAAAAGAACAAGACCUCUAGAUUGCAUCAAACUGACGAAAACUAUAAGAAGGAUGUAAAGAUUGUGAAAGAAAAACAAAAAAAAUUACAACUUGUAACCCUGAAGAAACAUGUUUCAGAGAGGCACUAUUUACUACGGUUAUUGCGCAAAUAUUCAAAAGGACAGGCUGUUUUCAUUAAACUGUCAAAACAGUUAAAGUGCAUAUCAAAAAAAAUUCACAAAUCCAUUGCAGCUUACAACAUGAUUGGGGAUUCCUCUGAAGGUUUACCAGAGCAGAUCACUUUUGAUACUGUCAAGGACAUUGACAGUGAAAUUUAUAAAUGCAUGGUAGAUUUGGAGGUUGUGUCAGAUAUUCCAAACACAAUAAAACAGGAAAUUAUUCAACUGAAAUGCCUCAUUGAUCGAGCCAUCGAAGAACAAACUUUGCUCAAGCAAGAAAUGAGGUCUGUCACUAAUUGGUACAAACAUCAGUACAAUAUUGUGAAAGUAAAACUAGGGGAACAUCCAACUGCAGGAGAAACUGCAUUCUUAAUAAAAGAAGGAAUGUACUAUGAAAUGGUUAUUAUAAGAUUAAACAGGCAGUUUUCAGAGUACAUUGGGGAAGUGUCUGUUGAAUCUCAGUUAACUGAUAGCAUAUUGACUGAUGAUCAUGAAAGGAUGCAACAAAUGUUGAAAGAAAUGGCUAUAAAGGAGGAGAUAUCAGUUGAGGACAUUGAAAGUGAUGAUGAGGAAGAGAGUAGUGAUGAAGAAGACAUGGAGGACCUCUAAAACUGUCUUUCUCUUAGCGUUCCUUCUGGGCAUACUUUUUUGGAUAUUAUAAUAAAAUUACUGUGAUUUUCUUAUUUUCAAUGUAUUUAAACAAAAAACAGCUUUAAACAAUAAGAAAAUACAAAAUUUAACAGAGGUAAAUGUGCUUGCAAAGUAUGUAGGAUGAUUCCUCAUCAAAUCAUCACUCUUUAAUGAGAAUUUCAACUUUUUAAUCUAAUUUAAAAAUGGUUAUUUAAUAUCCAAAACAUUGGAAUUCAUCUUUUAUGAUUAUAUAAAAUUUCAUUCUGGAAUCGAUAUCUACAGAAGUAUUUCUAAAAACAACUGUCUAUCUAAAAUAUUUAGUAGUAUCCUGAAUAAUAG